AUGACACAAGUACGUACAUUUGUUUUUAUCACAAAUAUCCCUGACUUCUUACUGGAACCAAUGGAAGUGAGCAGCAAUAUCAGCAGCCGUGCACGGGCUAAUCGUGAUCCCCGGUAUGAACGACUGCGAUCUCUAUUAGCCGCGAAUACUUCUGGAGUGAUGAUAGUCAUGCAUCUCGAGACCCGCGGAUAUGCACUGGCACUAUACGCAUCUGAACAAGAAGCCCUCGCCGCUUGUAAAACCACCAUCACUCCACAGAAUGGAAACCCACCACAACAGUACCCACCACUGCAACUACGCAUUCUUCAACGUGAACGACCAGCCCCAUGUGAGGCGGUGUAUACACCAACAAUAACAAUAGAAGGCACGACUGUACAAAAGUCUGAUCUCGUUCCCACACGUGGAUUAGAAUUGGUAUACCGUGGAAGAGCCGUGGCUCGUUGGUGUCCACACACACAAGCACAUGAGGACUGUUUAUUUGGAACCUCCUGUCAUCGUAUACAUCUAAAGGCCUAUCAACAUACUGUUCGUAAACGGCCUAGAAUGGAUGUCAUUACAGGAACAGGAGGAACAGCAAACAAUACCACAGCAACCACAACAAGUGCAAUUGGAGCAAUAGAAGCAGAAAUGACAAGAGAAGAGAUGGAAGUGGUUCGUAACGUCACGCGUAGUACACGUUUAACAGAAGAACUUCUCGUUCCAGCAGAAAUGCAAUUAGACUUUUCUGUAUAUGUUUCCAUAACACAUGAGGAGGCAUUAUCUCUAGUGGGAAAUACGGGUUCUACUGCUUGUAGUAAUACUAUUGCAGCUACUGCUACUGCUGUUCGAGCUAAUAUAGUAAAAAGAGUUAAAGAGUCCUGUUCAACAUAUAAAGGACCAUAUUUUAUAAGGUUUGCCUUUCCUGGUGGAGCUCCAUGGGAUUGGAGUUUACAUGAUGAGAGUGAGGGACUCCCGCAAUUACGGCAACGGGCCCCAUUUCCUGAGAAUGGAGCUCCAACACCUCUUGAACGGGAUUUAUUUUGCCAAAAGUUACUCUAUCAUGUAAAUCAAAUGAAUAAAUUUACCACAAUUGAUGCUGCUCUUCGUGCUUUUGAGACUAGCCCACGAGUGUGUGAGGCAUUACAUCAAUAUCUACAGCAGGAAAAUGAUCAAAAAGAUAAGAAAGAGAAGAAUAGUAAUGAAGACUCUAGUGGUACAUCUACAAUGAUAGAAUUGUGUAUACGUCCAUGGUUAUUUUUACCCACUGCAGAUAUGGAGACGGUUGUUUUAUUAGAGAAGGGCGGUGAGUAUAUAAGAGGUGUUGCCCAACGUCAUGCCGCACUGCGUCUCAUGACAUCUGCUACCUUUUUACAACAACAUCAAUUAGACUUUACACGAUAUGCGGUGAUUGGGAAUAAUGAAGAUCCGGAAGCGGAGGAUGCUCUGGAAAUGGAAUUACGUCGUGUAGGGACAGUAGUGAAACGUGGUGUAGAUACACUGCGGCGACAUGUACGUCAACAAUGCACACGUGAAAAAAUUCCCUCCUCUUCAGCGUGGUGUAUACAACUUGCUGUUGUAAUUCCAGAUGGUUUGGGAAUGGAAGAAAAUAAUAAUAGUGGUAAUAGUAAUGUUAAUGGACCUGUAUCUACAACUACAGUAAGUGGAGAAAACAGUACUGAUGUUGGUACCAUGCACACUGUUGUGCUUUCACUAAAGCCAUACCAAACGGCAUUAGAGGAGUUUACGGCGAUUUAUGGUACUCGACAGGAUGUGAGUAGUGCUGGUAAUGAUGAUAAUGAUAGGGUUAGAAAAGAAGUACUGUGGAAUACAAAGAAACAUCCAUAUAUUUCUCUUUUUUCCCGUGAGUUGAUGGAACGACUAAAGCGAGACGGAAAUGAAUAG